AAUUGCUAGCAGGCAAAACUAUAACAGCACGUCACACAUAUAAAGUAAUAAUCUCAUGUUUUAGUAGCAACAUUAUUAUAUUAGUGCUGAUAAUAAUGAUCAUAGUUUCAACAACAGUAAGAAAGAAAAACAGAGAAAAAAAAAAAUGGCGAUAAAAUUGAACAAUGGAUUCAAAAUGCCCAUAAUCGGACUUGGAGUUUGGAGAAUGGAAAAGAAUGAUGUCAAAGAUGUUAUUCUUAAUGCCAUUAAAAUCGGCUAUCGUUACUUUGAUUGUGCUGCUUAUUACCAGAAUGAAGCUGAAGUUGGGGAAGCACUUGCUGAAGCAUUUCAAACUGGGCUUGUUAAGAGGGAGGAUCUUUUCAUUACCACUAAGCUGUGGAACUCUGAGCAUGGACAUGUACUUGAAUCCUGCAAAGACAGUUUGAAGAAACUUCGACUUGAUUAUUUGGAUCUGUACCUAGUUCACUUACCCUUAGCUACAAAGCAUACUGGAGUUAUUACCUUUGCAAGUGUAUUGGAUGAGGAUGGUGUGCUGGACAUUGACACAACCAUAUCCUUGGAGACUACCUGGCAUGCUGUGGAAGAUCUCGUUUAUGCAGGUCUAUCUCGCAGCAUUGGCAUCAGCAACUAUAACAUCUUUCAGACAAGAGAUUGUUUAGCCUAUUCCAAAGUCAAGCCUGCUGUGAACCAGAUUGAAAUACACCCUUACUUUCAACGCGAUUCAUUGGUGAAAUUCUGUCAGAAGCAUGGAAUCUGUGUUACUGCCCAUACUCCUCUAGGAGGUGCUGCUACAAACACUGAAUUGUUUGGUACAGUGUGCUGCUUGGAUGAUCCAAUUAUUAAGGGUGUUGCGGAGAAACAUAAAAAGACAGCAGCACAGAUUGCUCUUCGAUGGGGGAUCCAGCGCAAUACAGUUGUCAUACCAAAGUCAUCCAAGCUAGAUAGAUUGAAGGAGAACUUCCAGGCUCUAGACUUUGAGCUGACAGAAGAAGACAUGGAAGAGAUCAAAAGCAUGGAUCGCAAAUACCGGACCAUUCAAACAGAGAAGUUCUGGGGAAUAGAUGUGUAUGGAUGAAGCUCAAAUGCUGAACUAAGAAGAAGGUUUUAGGACCUAGUAAAGGGACAUGUCCCUGUGUUGCUCCAUUGUGUUUAUGUAUCAUUUGCAGCUAAGAUAAGAAAUUAACUUGUCACAUCUUAAGCAUGUUUAAUGUAUUGCAUUUGUCGUGCAAAAUGCCAUACUU